UAGUACCAGUAGCGCAGUGACUACAACUGUCGUGAUGCCGUCUGGUGCCAAUUGAUAUACUGGUCGUAGGAAGUACCUUAGGUAGGGUACUUGUUUCUCUGUCUCUCAUCUUCCCACUGCACUACACAGCACCACAACACCCCUUUACUUGAGAUCCUGCACUUCAACUGCGCUUUUCUACUCGAACUUCCAAACUCACACUCACACACAACAAGAACCACAACAACUCCUCUCAUUCUAGUCUCAUCUCAGCUCAGCGCAGUCAAAAUGACCGACAAAUCCAACUACCGCGCCGCCGACGACCGGUACGAAGCCCAGAACGACCCCAAGACCGAAGUCAGCGGCGAUAUCAACGACGACAGUUACGUCCGAUCCGGCGACAAGACAAUUCCCGUCCAGAAAGAUUCGGCGCCCGUCGAAGAUCCCAUCCAGCCACCUCAAUCCAACAGUGAUGCACAGCUCGAGCAAGAUGAAAGAGAAGCCAUCGACAAGAGCAACAUUGUCAAGGGAGGCCGGACUCGAGGCGCGCAGCCGACCGGAAGUUACUCUGAAGGCCCGGACGAGGAUGAUCUGCCCAAGGAAGUUGUUACCGGCGAGUCUGGAAGAUCGGACAUCAAGGCAUUGUGAGUGAGUACUGGUUUUAAAAGAGUACUACACUGUACUACGGGUUCAGGUUCCGGCAUUAGUACCUGCGGCUGGGUCUAGAGUACCUAGGUAGUCCUCCGCACUCUACGGCUCACUGUGCUUCAUGACAUAGUAGCAGCAGUGGCUCAAUAAUAAGACUGUUAAAAAUCCA